GGGCUGAGAUGGCGACGGCGCGGCUGAGCGGCACCGAGAACCGUCUGGUGUCGCUGCCCCUGUCGAGGAUCCGCGUCAUCAUGAAGAGCUCCCCGGAGGUCUCCAGCAUCAACCAGGACGCGCUGUUCCUCACCGCCAAGGCCACGGAGCUUUUUGUUCAGUAUUUGGCUACAUACUCCUACAAACACGGCAGAGGGAAGGAGAAGAAUGCUCUGACUUAUACUGACCUGUCUCAUACAGCAGAAGAGUGUGAGACCUUUCAGUUCCUUGCAGAUAUCUUGCCAAAGAAGAUCCUAGCUAGCAAAUACCUAAAAAUGCUUGAAAAAGAGAAGCGAGAUGGAGAAGUGAGGGAAGACGAUGAUGAGGGUGAGGAGGAAGAGGAUGAAGAUGCAGCUGUUGGUGGCAGUGUUGGAUCUUAAGGCCAAUGGAGAAUUGUUUCAUAGUUGGUCCAUUUUCUAUUGUAUAAAGGAUGUUAUUUUUGUGACUGAGAAUCCAGAUGCUGGAUAUAUUUAUACACUGAGCCAUCUGCUUUUGCUUUAAGAAGUUUAGAAAUUGAACUUUAUACUUCUUGGAGAAUGGAAUUCUUCCCUCAAAAACACGGUGGGGUAGGAAGAGACAGUGCAAACCUGACAGCAGAGCUUGGUCAGGUGAUUUGAAAUUACUUUGUCAGACAAUCAUUACCAAAAUUUAGAAUUUCUUUCAGGCAGCUUUCAGUUCAAAAGCUCCAAAAGUGGACCAAGUCCAUUUAAAAAGUCUGUAAAAACAGCCAUGUGGGCACCCAGAUGGGAGAGGAGGAGAUCCAUCCUAAGAGCUAAUGUGGCUCUGCAGCUGUGGUGGUAAAUGGGGUAGAAAAUUAUGUCAAUAUGUGCAUCUAGAACCCUUUUCUUGAAUGAACUCCACUUCGGCAGUUUCUCUUGCCUAAAAGCACAUUAAAGUCUGUUAAUUGUGGGUUCUUGAGAAUGAGCAGUUCCUUUACCAAGUGAGUGGCAGAGAUGGAUCUUUCAUUUGUUUUUGGUUUGGUUUUCUUUUCUUUUUUUACUACAGAACUGGCAACCGUCCCAUGUAGAACUUCACAUGCAACUUUUUAAAAUAAACAUUUUGUAUAAAAACUGA